UAACUCAUCUAUCCUGCUCUACAAUUUCAUCAUCACGCCUUCCAUCGCAUCUUCAAUAUUCAAACCUCCACAAAGCCAAACAUCGCAAGCCAUGUACUCCUCAACUCUUCUUUUGCUCGCCUCUCCCCUUGCCCUCGCAGCCUCUCUUCCCCCGAGAGCCCUCUGUUUGAGCACGCUUCCUCUAUUCAUCAUACCAAACCUCGAGUACUCGUCGUUGAUCCAGUAUUCCAACCCAGCCCAUAUGUCCGUGUCCAGGGCCAACAUCGACUUCAACAUAACCGGUCACACUACCUCCGCAUGCGCGGGCGCCGCAUCUGGCCAGACGAGCAGUGGAGCCUUCUUCGCUUUCCCCUCCCCCAUCGACUGCAACGAGGCCGAUGGGUCCGCCAUCGAGACUACGUUUUCGUACGCUGGGCCCUCCAGAACGCUUCAGAUCAAUGAGACGUGGAUUUGUGAGGGAGACCAAUACCUAGCUACAGCUACCCAGGCCCUGGACUUGUCGUGCAAGGGAAACCUGUGGCAGAACCCCGAGUGGACCGAGGGUGAAAUCUACAGCUCUGAAUCUGUAACGUGCGCGCCUGCCCGCGUCACAAUGGAGCCCAAGAUUACCAAGGUUGGCCCAGCGGGGGUUUAGGUUACGAGAUGCACGAUGAUUGCUUUGGAUGCACUGGUGUUGAUAUAUAUGGGUGAAUUUGAUCAGGUUGUAAUGGAGGAGUUUUAGUACACGGGUAAACGUUGGUUGGAAUAUAAUUGCUGUUCUCCUCGCGUUUUUGGUGUUCUUGCGGUUGCAUAUUAUGUUUUUGAGGUCAAUCUGCUCGAAAUCUUCUGUUGUUUUGAAGAUACCUAGAUGCACUAGCCUCUAAUAAGGACAACGGUUAUGUCCUAUACAGCUACCAUCUAGAUCAUUCAUAGACCACUUCAAAAAUCAUCUACCGAAUACCAAACACUCAAUUCCAGCGUUCUCUCGAAACGUGAAAAGAUUCCUCCAACCUAUCCUUCAUCUCAGCGAUGACCGUACACACAACCUCAACUUGCAAUGUCGCACUUGAUGCCAGUGAAAAUUUAGGAUUAUCCUUCCUCUCGAGCUUUCUCAUUUUGGUUUUUUCUCGAGUGAGAAGUCGUAACAAUAUCCCCCUCUCUCG